AUGCCUAUCCAAUGUGCUACCUCAUUUCAACGUUUACUCCUGUUCUCCUACAACUAUGAAACAAAAGCUUACCGUCAAAGCAAAUGGAUACUGAAAGAUGGCGGCUUUCAUUUUCUCUACUAUGAUCCACUUCGGAAACGUCUCUUCGGCUUACGUGACAAGAGUACGUUUACAAACAUUAUCGAAGAGUACGAUACAGUAACCCUAGAUGUUAUUAAAGGCUAUACAAAACAGGAUGGUGAAAAGUAUGCAUUUCCCUUCGCUUGGUGUUCUUCGUUCGAUUAUAAUGAAAAUUGGGUUAUACAAGUACGUACACGUUUUGAAAAUCCAAGUGUUAUUGCAUACUGGAUUAAAAUGGACUUGAAUCUAGUUGGUAAAAAAGAAGACAUCGUGACAGAGUUCCAUCUCAUGCCAGAUGUACAUAAUUUCUUAACGAUGACGUACGAUAUUCAGAAAACAAAAUUAAUUCUCUGUACGUGGCAACAUGGAUCAAUUGAAAGGAAUCUUUUCAUGUUUCAUUUGGAUCCAAAAAAGAAUGGAACAUUUCCAUAUAGGAACGAAAGUCUAGUUAUGUUAUUCGAAACAAGUGAAAAUCAAGAUAUUGAACUAAUGAAAGAUGUAUGGAACCCAAAAAAAAGGGAAGUACUCUUUAUGAUUCAAACUCGUAAUGAUGAGACAUUAAAAACAACAAAUUAUAUGCUACGUGUACAGUUUGAUACGUUAAACGUUUUAGAGAAGGUACAGUUGACGGAUGAACAAUUGCCGUUAUUUGAAUUAUGGGAAUAUUUUUAUUUACAAGAAUAA